AUAAGUCAAAGGAAGCAAGGCGGCUACGGUAUGCAUAAAGUCUCUGACGGAACAAGAGCUUCACUACACAACUGAGCCCUUCCUCAACACGUCAAAAAUUCAUCUCAUCUAUCUGUAGAUCGGAGAAACCAAAAAAAAAAAAUGGAGUUCGACGAGAAGAAAGCAAUGAUCCGCGACGUGGCGUUACAAGUCGUUUUCAUCUCGCUCACGAUUUUCAGCUUCCUCUGGAUGCACGGCAUCCCUCAAAACCUCUACGCCAAGCUCCGCCACCGUCCCCCGAACCCACGGGCCGUGCAAGCCAAGCGCCAUUUCGUCAAAGGCGCGCAGCUCCUCGCCCAAGCCAGAAGAUCCAAAAGCGCUUCCUCCGCAACUUCCCUCGCCAAACAAGCCCUAGCCGAGGCCGAGAAGGCCAUCGCGCUCGACCCCAAGGACGCCGCCUCGCACCUCCUCAAGUCCAUGGCGCUCGACCUCCAGGGCUUCCGCACCAACGCGCUCGAUGCGCUCGACGCCGCGUUGUCUCCACUCGCAGCGGGUUCGCUCGCGGAGGACGAGAGAGGUGACGCGCUUCUGAAGAGGGCGGAACUGAAGAUCGCGAUGAGCGAGCGGCGCGGCGUUGACUCGGUGCUGGCUGAUUUGACCGAGUCGGUGAAGCUGAGUCCGCGAAACGCGAAGGCGUGGUGCAUGUUGGGGGAAACCUACGAAGGGAACAAGAUGGGAGAGGAAGCGAAGAAAGCUUAUAAAGAGGCUUUGGAGUUGGAGCCACAGUUGAAUGUGGCUCAAGAAGCGCUCAGCAGGUUGGGAUCGUCGUAAUUUGGUGUUGAGUGAUGUGAGCUUUAAGAUGUGAUCGAUCGCUUUGGUUAUUGUAUGUUUAAUUUAUAACUGUUGUUUCUAAUCUUCGAUUAUGGAGAGUAAUUGAAUGUUAAGUUUGAGCAAGCAAUAAAAUGAUUUUCGCCGAAGGAUUUUAAUUC